AUGAGGAAGGGGGGUGGUCAAAGCUUGAGCAAAGGGCUCUCUGGCCUACAUAAAUACCACGAGGCCGCACCUAACUACCUGCCUUCAAAUCUAUCCUCAUCCUUCAUCGCCAAAGCAGAAAUUUCAUCGAUUUUUUACCGAUUCUGUAUCCACAGCUUUGACACAAUGGAUGCUCGUAGCAUGGACGACCAGGACCAGAUUCGCGACACACAGCGCCAGCGGGAGCUCAAGAUCGAAGCGCUUCGCCUCGAAAUCUUUAAAAAAAAGAGUCUUAUGCAGCGACUUUCCGUGGUCGACUCCGCCCUUGAAGCAUGCGACGAUAAUUUACCACUAGAUGGAAUGAAGGAGGCAGUAGAGUCUGCAUUAUUUGGGCACAUCGAAACUUCUCAGCGUGACAGACCUCCCUGUCCAGUCUGUGGGCCAGGAAAGUGUCAACAUCUGGAAUCUCUCGAUCCGAUGUUUGUUGGCAUUGUUCUCAACGCAUUUUGCAAACUCCACUUCCUAGGCGGAGUCAUGAGCCAGGAAGCGUGGCUAAGGCUCUUCGCAGCUGAAAUCUUCGCCAAAAAAGACAUCAUCCAAGACGAGCUAUCAGCCAUCACGCAACAGUUAGAGCGACUGGAAAAGGAAAGAUGUGAAGAAGAGCAAAAGUAA